AUGUAUUCUGUGUCUGUUUCAAUAGUCGACACCCUAGUCUGGAGAGUGGAGAGCGAGGAUGAUCGUGCUGGAGUUGUAGGGGAAGUUAACUCAGCCGAUAAGGAUGUCGGAGACUCAAGGAUGGCUGUCAUUCUGGAAAGUGCCCGUGACGGGCUUUCUGGGCUUCUAGUUGGUGGUGUGGUCCGUGUUGGUGAUGUAUUUAAGUUGGUCAUUGACGUUGGAGAUAACGAUCCUAAAGUUGGAACCGUAGAACCAUUUACUGCCCCAGUGAGCGAAACGAUUGUUGUCAGAGUGGUGCCGUCGAUCACAACAGUUGUGGUAAACAGAGCCCAGUUUGGUGGUGUGAGGAUACCUGAUGCUGCAGAACCAGACAACAUCGAAGUUACCGUCGUGCCAUUGGUAGAAAUCGUCUCUGAUUCAAACACUCCAGUAGCAGGCGAGGAAGGGGAAGUGAAAGGUGACGACCAGACUGUCGCAGUGGAGUUACCAGAUGGGGGAGGCCAAAGAGUAGAGGCUGAAGCUGAACUAUCCAAGCUCUGGUCUGUUGUCAUUGUGCUUGAAUCUCGAUCUGUACCGGUGUUGGGCUCGGGACUUGGACUCGGUACAAGCCCUGAAGUAGUGGGUGUUGCUGCUGAAGAGAGCCACGCGCUGUUACUGAUCAGACUACCCCAUGUAGACGAACCAGAGCGUUCUACAUUGGUGCUUGAUGUACGAUCCCCAAUUGGUGAAGACCCAGCUGUGCUCGGUGUCACUGAGAAUGACCAAUCUGAGGGGGUUCCUGUGUCGAGGCCCUUUGUUGGAGUGCUUGUUCUUAUAGAAGUGCUUGUGCCGUUUUCAAUUGACGAUGCGCUUUCGAAGGGAAGUUGA